GGGCCGCGACCCCCCGUCCCGCCCGCUGGGGAGCGGGAGCGACGCCGCCGCCGCCGCCCACGCCAGCCUGCAGCCCGGCCCCGGCCGCAGCCGUCGCCCACCCGCCCUCAUGGACCCCGGCGACUUCCCGGACCCGUUUGACCCCCUGACCCUGCCGGAGAAGCCCCUGGCCGGCGACCUGCCCGAGGACAUGGAGUUCGGCGAAGACCUGCUGGGCUCGCAGACGGCCCCGCCGGGGGGCUGGAUGGCCCCCGUGGCCCCCGGGGUGGGGGGCCUGGGCCUGCUGGACGCCCCGCCCCGGGGGGGCCUGGACAAGGGCCCCAGCCUCCUGGACGGGGCCACGGAGCUGCUGGAGCUGGGGGCUCUGCUCUACAAGGAGCCCUCGCCCCCGGCCGGGGAGCGGGGGUCCGGGGAGGCCCUGGGCUGGGAGGUGGGGGACCGGGCCGGAAAGGCCUCGCCGCUGCCCCUGCCCAGGGGGAGCCCGGAGGCCCUCAUCCUGCCCCCGUCGCACCACCUGGAGGAGGAGGAGGAGGAGGAGGUGGUGGAGGAGGCCGCC